CUACACACACUACUGAGAUGAGAAGCAGUGUGUGUGUGUACUGAGCAACAGUAGCAUCACGACCAUGAUAAUUCUGGCAUUGUGGUCAGUCUUGUUACUCACGGCGGCGUCGACGCUCACCACAGCUCAAGUCGAACUUCAGGAUGGAGACUAUGAAGAAGCUUUCUUGGACCUGAGUCUGUCAUCGACAGUGGACUCGAUCACUGCCAACUGGCAGGAUGUAUCGGAGGCGACCAAUUACACCAUCAGCUGGACUUCACAAGACAUCGAAGGCGACGAUAGCGUCGACGGCAGCAGAAUUACUUACCAGAUCACUGAUCUUGACCAGUGUACCGUGUACACUGUCACCGUCGAGGCGCUCAACGAGACCGACAAAGUCCUGGGUUCUGCAACGUCUGCUAAAGCCACGAAAGCACCAAUGGAGUUGAGCUUGUCAGAGGGAUCAAGAGAUAUUAAGGUCACCUGGAAAGCAGUAAUGAACGCAACAAGCUACAACGUCAGUUGGAUUCCCGAAGACGAUAAUCGAACGUUCGUUGUCCUUGAAGACACCAGUUACCAUAUCACGGAACUGCUACCAUGUACCACGUACGCUGUCACUGUCCAACCCAUGAAUGACACCGGGGGCUUACCUUGUGCUGAGACAAAGAAGAGAAACACGAAAGCAGAAGAUUCUUCUGCGGUGAUCGACCUGAUGGUUGACGCAGACACAACGCAGUCAACUGUUCUUCAUGUAAGUUGGACUCCACCACAAAAACCAGGAAACUGUAGAGUCUAUUACAAAAUUUCCUGGAUCCUGGGCAAUAAUACACAGAGUGUAGAACAACGUGAUAUAGAUCACUACAACAUCACUGGGUUGAAACCUUGUACAACCUAUGAGGUGGAAGUUGAAACCAGAACUUCUGACAAAUACUCAGUCAAGAGCCGCCAGAAUGCGACCACUGGCAUCGAAUGUAAGUAAUACGCUUAUACAGCA